AUGAAAGAAUCAAUAUCGGCUUAUCUGAAAACUGAACCAGAUUCACUCAAAGAUCAUCUUCCGAGCAAAUUUAGGCAAAACAUAAUCUUUAGUAACCAACGAAUUGUAAAUGGUAAGAAAGUGACUUACUUGAACAUCAAAAAACAAAGUCCAUAAAACCAGAAAGAUGCUUGGAAGCAAAUUUUCGGCAAUUUCCUACACGAUAUCAACUUGAAACAAAAAAAGAAAGGCUUUUCCUCUGAGGCCAAGGAAGUACCUAUUUGUAAUAUGAUCACAGCAUCUCUAAGAUCCAUUAGUAAAUGAAAUUUCUAUUCUACUUCCUCGUACUAAUAAACAAUUCAAAUUGGUGUUCUACAAGUAUCUUGAAGGAGAAUAAUCAAUUCAGUAAUUAAUGGAAGUAAUUAAUUUUCCUCAUGUUCAUGCUGUAAGCCAAUCUAAUUUAUACAAAAAUAGAAGCAGGUUGAGGACUCUAAAUCACUAUAGAGAAAAUUGUCAAUAGUCCAAAAAAUAAAAAAAUUUAAGAAUCAUGGAUACACUAAAACCAAUGACUCAACUCCUUUAUUGGAUAUAAACAGUUCAACUAGACAACUCAAAGCACAUCAAAUACGUAUGGUUGAUCAAAGAAGAUUUACUGAAGCUGGAAAAUUAUUGGAUAUUUUUAAAACCAAAAUAAAUAAAAAGAUUUAGGUUUUGAAAGACUUCUUUUAAUAAAGAGUACUAGUAAAAUCUAAAUUUAUUUUUUAAUUUGAGAAAAUCUUUAAAUAAAGAACAAAGAGAAGAAGAUAUUAGAAAUAUUCAUUUUAUCAAGACUUUCUUUGA